CGCCUAUACACGGAGUUGGAUGCAGUGGUGAUUUUUUGUUUCCGUGUCGUAGCUAUCGUCGCAUCACAUACAUACUUACAUACACACGGACGCGCGCGCGCCCUCCCGAACCUCUACUUACCUCAGACUCAUCACGACAACGACAACCACGACGAACGACAACGACGACAACGACGAACGACGACGACGACAACGCCCAAAAUGAGCGAAUCCCUCACCGCCGCCCAAGUCGCCGAGCACAACACGGUCGAAAAAGGCCUCUACAUCAUCAUCGACAGCGACGUGUACAAGCUGGAUUCCUUUGUCGACGAGCAUCCCGGCGGCGCCAAGAUCCUGAAGAGAGUAGGAGGCAAGGAUGCGAGUAAGCAGUUUUGGAAGUAUCACAACGAAAACGUCCUCAAGCGUUACGGCGCAAAGCUCAAGAUUGGGAGUGUAAAGGAAGAGGCAAAGUUGUAGUUGUAGUUGUAGACUGCUGCUGCUGCUGCUGUUACAUAGACGUACUGUAGAUGGAAUAAUGAUGAUAAUAUGAUGUUU